AUGUUCUCAACUACUUUGGCUGGCUGGCGGCCAGUCGUCCGUAUCGUUCGGGGGACGGAACAGCCAACCCCCUACACAACCUGCCUUUCCCUCCACUAUCUUCAAGCUUGGCUCCGCAAAUCGCUGCGAAUUUGGCCGCCUGGAGCCACGGGCGGGGUUUACAAAGAUGUUGGACACGGAGAGAAUAACAUCACCGGCUUUACCCUGCCACCGGGAAUCAAAGUAGCGACAGGCGCUGCUAGAUACGCCAUGUGCCGCUUCGAGGAAGUGUUUGGGCAGGAUGCGGAUGUGUCUCGACCUGAGCGGCGCUUGGAGGCCAACGAAGCUGCCAGACUUGAACUGGAAACAUCCGAGAAGAAUGGAGCAGCUCUACGAGAGCUGGGAGAAGCAGGAAGGACACUAAGAGAGAGGGAAACUACGCUGAUUUUUCGGUCAGAGUGGAUGGGAGGUGGGGGAGCGAGGGAAUCCCCGGGUGUGUUUAUGGAGGGAGAGGGCGUUUAG